GGUUAGGUGUGGGUGUGUUUGCCCCGUGGUCUUCAUGUUUAUCUAAUCAGCUGUCCUCAGAGACUGACAGGUCCACCAGCUGGAGCAACGGUAUAUAAACUCUGUGUUUAGUUCAGGAAGGCAUCCUUCACCCAGAGACUGCUGCUGCUGCUGCUUGGAUUCAUCACAACAAGAUGGCGUCACGUCUGCUCUUCCUGCUGUUCCUCGGAAAUAUGUUUUGUGACGCUUUCGCUGCACAUCAUCUCAUCAUAUGUGAGCAAUCAACAGUCCAUCUGAUGUGUGCUUUCGGAAUGACCAUCUACGUGGAUUCUGCUGAGUAUGGACGUCAUGACACCGUCACCUGCUCCUUUGGACGUCCUCCAUAUCAGCUCCAAGACACCUCCUGCUCCAGUUACUCUGAUGUUGUUGCUGAAAACUGUAAUGGGAAAAACAGCUGCAUCAUCACAGCCAGUAACGAUAUUUUUGGAAACCCGUGCUCCGGGACCUACAAGUACCUGAUCGUGAUCUACGACUGUUACUAAUUUAGUUCUUGGCCUGAGAUUGAAUCAAGCACCAAGUUUGAGUCUCAGAAGAAACAUCAAUAAAACCACAUGCAUUCA